AUAGAGUCAGGGUUACUGAGGGAGAUUCAUGAUUCUUUACAAGUUGAUUUGAGGUGUUUUAUUUUUCGCUAAGUUUUUUCCCCAUAUUCUCCUUCACAACUUCUAUCUAGGGAAGUAGGAAAACGAGAAAAACGAGAGCAUAGUAGGGGUGAUCUUUUGUCGCCCUUUCCUUUAACAUUUGCCCAUUUUCACCUUCUAAGAUUCUCGUACCAUUUAUCUUUCUUCUCUCACACGCAUGACAUCACCGUUCCACGAGUAGUUAUAUUUAAUGGUGUCUAAGCAACAACUAUCUGCAAUUAAAUGUGCAGAAGUGCUUAUGGUUGGUGAUGGUGGUAUCGGAUGCGAGCUUCUCAAAACCCUCUAUCAAGUUUUCAAGACAUUCACAACAGCAGAAAAAGCAGUUUCUACGAACCACUCUACUGCUCAUCAGUACUCAAAUCUAAUCGAAAUCCAUUCAAAAUCAACGUUGAUACCAAUGGCAGCUUUUAUUCCUCAGCCACCCGCAACAGCUUCACCGGCGGAAGCUAUUAAGCCAGAGAAAGUUGAUUACAUGGACCUGCCAUGCCCUAUUCCUUACGAGGAAAUUCACCGCGAGGCUAUGAUGUCAUUAAAGCCGGAACUUUUUGAGGGUAUGCGUGUCGACUUUACCAAGGGUCUGAAUCAGAGAUUUUCACUAAGUCACAGUAUUGUUAUGGGGCCUACAGAACUUCCUUCUCAAUCUGCUGAUAUAAUUAAAAUCCCUACUGCAAACUAUGAGUUUGGGGCUAACUUUAUCGAUCCAAAGUUGAUGCUCUUUGGAAGGAUCUUGACUGAUGGGCGACUAAGUGCCCGAGUGAAGUGUGAUUUGUCUGAAAAUCUUACUAUGAAAGCUAAUGCUCAGCUUACAAAUGAGCCUCACAUGUCACAUGGAAUGUUCAACUUCGACUAUAAGGGUAGUGAUUACAGGACACAGUUCCAACUAGGAAAUGGUGGCCUCCUUGGAGCUAGUUAUAUCCAGAGUGUGACCCCUCACCUGUCUUUAGGUGGGGAAGUGUUCUGGGCUGGUCAGCAUCGCAAAUCUGGUCUUGGCUAUGCUGCAAGAUACAACACGGACAAAAUGGUUGCCUCUGGACAAAUAGCCAGCACUGGAAUGGUUGCUCUUAGCUAUGUUCAGAAAGUGUCUGAAAAGGUUUCUCUAGCAACUGAUAUGAUGUACAAUUACAUGUCAAGAGAUGUCACUGCCAGCUUUGGCUAUGACUAUAUACUUCGUCAGUGUCGUCUUAGAGGAAAGAUCGACUCAAAUGGGUGUGCAUCUGCUUUUCUUGAAGAAAGGUUGAAUAUGGGUCUGAAUUUCAUUCUAUCAGCCGAGCUAGACCACAGGAAGAAAGACUACAAGUUUGGGUUUGGGUUGACAGUUGGAGAAUAGAUGAAGAGGCCAGCCAGGUGGGAAAAAGUAAACCUAGGAGGAUUUUAAACUUAUUUUUGAGUGAGAAACAAAAACUUGUCAUACAUCGUAAUGGUAUGAUUUUUUUUUUUUUUAAAAAAAAAAAACAUGAUCAAAGAGUCAAGUUUUGUACUUGGUUUUUGAGCA